GAGACCUUCAUUUAUACUCAAACGACAAUACGGAAGUCCCUCUAUCUCUCCCGCCUGCGCGGCUUCCUCAAAUGCCGUGUUGGCGUACGGGCAUGGACACUAUCAAUCAAGGCCCCAAUAGCGACUGCAGGGCCAACGUCCUCUUCGCCCUGCUUCCUCUGUCGCCUUCUGCUGACCGCCGCUUUCUGCAUGCCAACAUUUCUUGCCGUCGUGUACCUACUCACGCUACUCUGCCAAAAGCAGCAUGCGACAUCCAACCGCCGCCACCGGCCAAAGCGUCGCAACGGCGUUGUGCCCCUUCAUGAACCCCCGACAAGGACAGGCGUCCCAACCAGGCGGUCUGGGAGGGACCCAAAAUAGGCCUGUGCCACUCCGUCGUCACGCAAUGGCGGGAGAUCGUCUACCAUGUGGACCAAGAUUCAGCCAACAUUUCCUGGCCAACCUUUGCAUCUUUGGUUGUUCCUUAUGCCUUCGCCGCGCUCCUCCUCAUCGUCGACGCCAGACUUCGGAUGGCAUGGUGGCAUCCUCACCCAACCCCCGUCCAUCUUAGCUCCGAAACAGUGCUGUUAGGCGAGGUAGAAUCGCCGUGUGAAGGAGCUUCUCGACGCCGCCACAAUCAAGUCGCCAACCGACUUUGACGCACGGUCUCAUUGCUUUUUUUACACUCACAUGCAGUUUGCUCCUGGGUGACCCCUGAUGGUCAAGCCUGGAACAACAGACCAGCAGCUAGCCCAGUCCUAGUCAACGAGGUCGGAAGGCCAAUAUCGGCAACUCAUUCAUGGAAUAGCUGGCAGGCAUUGAUGGCAGUGAUCGACGAUGCGCACCUGCAAACGCAAGCAAAGUCGCAUGUCGGGCCUCAACGUUGCUCUGCGCCAUGGGAUAAUGGACCAAGGAGAACGCUCGGCAGACGCAGCUCAUUAUGUGUGUUUGUCUCCGAAGCCCCAGGCUCUAGCAAGCCAGGCUUUCCCCCACAAGUUCGUGGCGUCGAGCUAAGACAUCUUACUGCCUACGGCGUUUGACAAGCCUGGCACAACACCAAAGAGACUGUCCCAGUGCGAGUCAGGGUCCGUCCACCGGCGCGUUUGCUAUAAGCACCGGAGGUCGGCCGUCUUUUCCAUCUCCAGAGAAACCCCUCCAACUUGUGGUGACAUGUGUUAUCGAUGUCAGUCACUUUGUCUCUUUGCAUCACAUAACAUGCGGCCGUAGUCGUUGCUAACACUCGGAUAUUCUUUUCUAAAGUUACUACUUUGUUCCUUGUAAUAGACGCCUUCCGUCAUAUUCCUACGUCCGGCCGAGCCUGCCAGAGGGCUAUCACUUAUCACGCUCCUUUCUCGACACUCAUUUUUCCUUUUCAGACCGAACUACAAACAUGGCCUCUUCCAUGUCUCGAAGGUCACCCGUGACACCGCCAUACGAUGAUGACUACAACCAAAGCCCAAAGGGUCUACGGGGGCCGGGAUUGAGAAGCAGUCCAUCGUCGGCGUGUCUGCCCGUCCCCACCAUGAGGUUCUCUCCGCCCGCGACGCCCCGAAGCUCACGACCGAAUAAGAUGUCCUUGCGCCUGAGGAGCAAUUCUGGCCUGUCAUUACACACAAACGAAGACGCCUUCCGUCGAUACACCGACUACAAUCCCGAUGGGUCCCCGAGAUCCCCGACCUUUGGACCCGGUAUAUGGCCCAGUCUCGACAGCGUCUCAACAAGUCUGCGCCGAAGCUUUGGACCACCAGUCAUGGAGAUCGAACCAGAGACUUUGUCUAUACCAGACUUUCUUGGCCGAGAGGCCUUUCAAAUGGUUCUGGCCAAUGCUUCCGUCUCUCAACGUUUCUUCCAUUUCGCCCAAAAUCACGGCUGCGGUUCGGACAUCGAAUUCCUUCUGAGGACCCAGGAAUACGCCAAAUCAUUAGCACUGUUUGGAAAACAAGCGGCAUCAAUGCCGACACCAGCAAAUCUACCUUCAACUGUCUCCAAGUCACUGAAUGCCGAUAUGAAGCAGUUGACAAAUUCUGUUCUCCCAGGCCUCGAAUCGAUGUUUGCUGAAUCUACACGAUGCGUCGAACAACGAGUUGUCCGGUCUAUCUAUCCAGAAUUUGUGAAGCAUCAGCUCGCCAUCUCUACUUCGGCGGCUCUAUCCGGCACUCGCAUCUUCAAAUAUCCUGGUCUUGCCGAGUCAUUCUGCUUGACGGACGCCUUGAGCCCAGACUACCCCAUCAUCGCCGCAUCAGAUGCUUUCGUUUCUGUUACUGGGUAUCCAAAAGUCGAGGCUCUCUCAAGUAACUGCCGUAUCUUACAAGGGUCACUUACGAACCAGGACACCGUCAAACGCAUCCGGGAUACUGUCGCGCGAGAGGAGGAGUCGUUGGAGCUCGUCCUCAACUACCGGAGAGACGGCACCCCGUAUUGGAAUCUUCUAUUCACCUGUCCGCUGACGGACUCUUCCGGCAAGCUACGAUAUUACCUCGGAGGGCAGAUUAACGUUUCGGAGAACGUUGGUGGCUACAAAGACCUUCUCCGGAUUCUCAACUUUGGGCCGGCCCUAGAUGAGGUCAAGGACGAGACCUCGGGUCGGGAGUCCCGAGUCAGUCGCCGCAUGAGCCGUACGAGCAGCCGAGACAGAAAACAGGAACGGCGGACAAGUCUCCGCAAUAGGGAUAGUCUACACAACAAAGGGCCCAAGAAAAGCCUCUUCCAACCAUUCCGAAAGCAUACGACGCACAACAGCAACAAUCAGGAAAACACGUCACCGUCGCAGGGCGUUGGCCUUGGCUUGGAGCAGUUGCUAACGGUUUCGAGCUCGGAAGAGCACCUUUCGGCACCCACUCAGCUGGACUCUGUUUACUCUGGGUACAGCCGAUUCAUUGUUUUGCAAAACACGGACGGGCCUUCCGCCUUCCCGCCAAGGUCAUCGUCUCUGCCUGCAGACCCUAACAAGAGAAAGGCCGCCCAGCUCAGUGUUGCCUUUUGUUCAGCCGCCGCGUUGGAGGCGCUCGGCCUCGGCCUUUUCGCCGAUAGCAUUACGCACCGAGACAUCUUCACCGUCCUUUCCGACCUCGCGGACUCGCCAUCGAUUACGAAGAGCUUCAAGAAUACGGUGCGCGAACGGGUGAUUCAAAACGGAAAGACGGCUACGCUAGACAUCAUGCUCGGCGGUAACUACCUCGCACGGAAGGGCAGUCUCAUUGGCCUGGGCGGGCGUUCAUCCAAAGACGAUUCAGACGGCAGCACGAAGAAACAUGGGCGACCUGUCAGCAGGUCGGGUUUUGCCAGUCUUGUGAGCGAGGCAGGCAAGAUGGAGAAGCUCACCAGCCAAUGGACACCAUUGAAGAACGCGGAGGAAAAGGUUGAGUGGAUAGUUGUUAUCAUCACACCGAUAAAAUAACGCGACGCUCCCUAACGGGAUGUCCCGUUACCUAUUACAUAUGACGUAACACUGUAAAUUAUAAUGUGUAUGGGAUGAAGAAGGGUAAAAAGGGAGUCUGGGUGGAUUGAGGAGAGGAG